AUGAGGGAGAUCGACGCCCAUUUCGAUGCGUACGAGCAUCUGAAGCAUCUACCAAGAGAUGGAGAGGCGCUCCACAUGCUCCGCAAGGCUGCAUCCAUGGUUAAGCCUAUGAUGCGAAAGCGCGGCUGGAAGGUUGGCACGCUGGCUGAGUUCCUACCAGAUGAGCCGCAACUACUAGGUCUGAACAUCAAUCGCACAGAAAGAAUUCUCAUUCGGCUGAGAUAUCACCAUGAUUCCAGGCAAUUCCUGUCUAUGGAGCAGAUCGCAGAUACUUUGCUACAUGAACUCUCUCAUAUUGUCUUUGGCCCCCACAAUGCCGAUUUCAACAAUCUCUGGAAUGAGCUCCGCGACGAGCAUCAAUCGCUACUCAUGAAAGGCUACACAGGCGAAGGGUUUCUCUCGCAGGGCCAGAAACUUGGUGGUCGGCGCAUACCUGUCGAUGAGAUGCGGCGUGCGGCUAAAUCAGCUGCUGAGAAGCGCAAAGCUACAACCAACAAGAAUGCUGGUGGUCAUCGAUUGGGGGGUGCGCCAGUUGCAAGAGAUAUUGACAUGCGCAAGGUCAUUUCAGACGCAGCUACACGACGAACAAGUAUUACCGAGGGAUGUGCCAGUGGCAGUGCUCAAGCCGGCAACUUGCUGCAUCAACAGGAACAGGACGGAUUCAGGACUGUGGCAGAACAGCAUGACGGCAACGAUGAAGCCAUCGCACGUGCGCUACAAGAUCUGCUGUAUGAAGAGGAGAUUCAGAGGCUGGAGGAACUCGGCGCGCCAACAGGCGGUGGUGGACUUGCAUGGGAUCGCCAGAAUGGGCUACAGUUCGACAGCAAUCCAUCAUCGCGGACAGCGUCACCGGCACCAAAUGGAUCCUCAGGCUUAAGCUGGAGCAAAGAGCAUGGGCUGUCGUCAAUCCCAGCACCGGGUACAACACGGCGCUUAACGCCUCCACGAACAACAUCUCAUCCUACACAAGGGCGCCCUGUCUCUCGCCUCGCCACAGAAUCACCUCGAGCACCCUCCUCCUCUCACACAAACCGGCCGCAGUCGCGCCUCAUCACCCAAGAGGAAGAGGAUCAUCGCAACAAACAACUUCCCCCAACGCCGCCACCAGCUUCGCCACAGGUCCCGACCAAGUCAAACGAGUGGGCGUGUCCGCAGUGCACACUUCACAAUCCGCUCGACUUCUUGCAGUGCGGCGUGUGUGGCCUUGAACAGCCCCCACAGCCGAUUCCACAACACAAACGCUUCGGUCCUUCGCACACAGCUCCCAGUCUGCCAGCACCACCGCCGCAGUCAGGGCUCAGAGGGCCCGGUGCAACCCCUUUUGAACCAGCGAAAGGCAGGAUUGGGUGGAAUUGUCUGCAGUGUGGCACGUUCAUGGAGAAUCAGUGGUGGACAUGCUCUCUCUGCGGUACCAUGAAGCUAAAUUCAUGA